ACACCCAAAGCAAAGAACAUUAGAAACCCAGAAUCAAGUGUAAUUCUUCUUUGUCUUCGUAACCAAGGCAAAGAAUAACAGAAAUCAGUGUCCAUUUACCCCCUAUAAAAAUAUCACAAAAGCCUAAAGCUUCAGUCUUUGUAUCGGAGACCGGAAAACCCAUAAUUUCUUCCAACUCUUACUUUUCUCUUUUUUCCAACCAAGAUUAAAGAAACUCGACAAGCUCUCAAAAUUUGGGUCUCUUUCGAUCACAAUCCAUUAUUUAUCCUUCCAUGCCAAAAACCUCUUAAACCCGCCCCCCCCCCCCACCCCACCAAUUUGGGUCUUUUUUAAUCAAGUCGUGCCUGAAGGUUCUUGUGUCAGAACACCAAACCAACCUACUUGAAGCUCUGAGCUCUGAGGGAGAGAUCACUUUGGGAGAGAGACAGACAGACAGACAGACAGAAAGAAAGAAAGAGAGAAUUUGGAGUUCUAAAAGCCUUGGAAAUGGUGAGAUAGCAAGCUGGGUGUGCUUGGUGGGAGGUGUGUUUCCAUGGAAACAACUCCGAAUUCAUGGGGUUUUGCUGAUCGCAGAAGAAGACAAUGCCAAUGUAUACAAAUACAAACACAUGUAGCAGAAGAAACAAGGCACAGAAAUUUCUCUAACAUGGCAACUAGCUGUUGCAGGAUCUCCCCAAUCAUUUCCAUGUUUGUUGGUUUUCUUGUUAUUGCUUCUUCUGUUGGUCCCGUCGUCCCGGUAUCGAUUUCAUCUGAAGUGAAUGGGCGGCUUCCGGCAAAUCAGACUUUCCGACCGGGGGAGGAGUUGCAGAAGUUGAAGAGGAUUAAAGCUCUACUCGGGGCAAUCAAUAAGCCUGCUGUCAAGACAAUUCAGAGCCCUGAUGGCGAUCUCAUAGACUGUGUUCUAUCACAUCAACAACCAGCCUUCGAUCAUCCGCUGCUUAGAGGACAAAAACCAUUGGAUCCACCAGAGAGACCGAAAGGCCAUAAUCCAACAGGUUCUGUGCCCGAAAUCUUCCAGUCAUGGACAAUUUCUGGCGAAUCAUGUCCAGAAGGAACCAUUCCGAUCAGAAGAACCAGAGAAGAAGAUGUGUUAAGAGCUACUUCUAUUCAGAGAUUCGGAAGAAAAGUGAGGAGAGCAGUGAGACGCGACUCCUCAAGCACUGGCCACGAGCAUGCAGUUGGGUAUGUAAUGGGAGAUCAGUAUUAUGGAGCAAAAGCCAGCUUGAACGUAUGGGCGCCCCACGUAGCUAAUCAAUAUGAAUUCAGUCUGUCACAGAUGUGGGUCAUCUCUGGUUCAUUUGGCGAUGAUCUCAACACCAUUGAAGCUGGUUGGCAGGUGAGCCCAGAGCUAUAUGGAGACAACUAUCCUAGAUUCUUUACCUAUUGGACGAGUGAUGCAUAUCAAGCCACUGGAUGCUACAAUUUGCUCUGUUCUGGCUUUGUCCAGACUAACAACAAAAUCGCCAUUGGAGCUGCAAUCUCUCCCAUAUCGGCUUAUAAUGGUGGCCAAUUCGACAUUAGUUUGUUGGUUUGGAAGGAUCCAAAGCAUGGAAACUGGUGGCUGGAAUUUGGAUCAGGAUUGCUGGUUGGCUACUGGCCAUCAUUCUUAUUUAAUCAUCUACAGAACCAUGCAAGCAUGGUACAGUUUGGAGGAGAAGUGGUCAACAGUCGACCAGGUGGUGUGCAUACGGCAACCCAAAUGGGCAGCGGUCACUUCGCCGGAGAAGGAUUCGGAAAAGCUUCUUAUUUCCGGAAUUUGCAGGUCGUCGAUUGGGAUAAUAGCUUGGUUCCUCUCUCAAAUCUUCGAGUCCUGGCCGAUCAUCCAAAUUGCUAUGAUAUCCAAGGAGGGAUUAAUAGUGUUUGGGGAAACUAUUUCUAUUAUGGAGGUCCAGGAAAGAACGUGAAGUGCCCCUGAAGGAAAUGGAUGGUAUACAAGUCGCAGAAUUUUUCUUUCAUUUUCAUUUUUUAUUUUUUAAAUUUUUGGGUCGAUUUGGGUUUUCUUUCCAGAUCAUUUUCCUUUUUAUUUUAUCUUCUUUUUUUAUUAAUCCAUUUUUUUGGUUCUAACAGAUGAUCCAUUAAAUGUUUAAAUACACCACCUCUAGGGAUUUUAUGUAAAUGUGAAAAGGAGAAAAUAUAAUGAAUAUACUAUGGGGUUUGUGAUUUUUGUA